AUGCCUGGAAGCCACGGGGAGAUUACGGUGGUUGAACAGAACAGAGUCGAUAACGACAACAAGAAGACAAGGAAGAAGAAGGAAGAGGAUGAUUCUGAGAACGGGAACCAAUUAGUAAAGCCCUUGAUUUCAAAACCCAGGAAGCAAUUUACAGACAGGUUCAGAAAGAAACACAAAUCACGUUAUGGGUCGUGUAAAGGAGGAUGCUUUUCUGGGAUGAGACCUCUCAGAAGAGAGGAGGAGGAGGAGGAGGAAGAGGGUUCUCCUUCAUCUUCAGCUCGUGAUAUGCUGAGAGUUAUGUUGGAGAACAAUGAUUACUUCUCUGACGAGUGCAAUCCACAUCGAUGA